GAGGAACACACCACGUUGGAUAGCGUUUUGUUAAAUUGUGGUUAAAUCAAUCGCCGUCGUCGAAGUCACUUCUGUCAUGGGACGUAAAAAGAAGAAGGCUACAAAGCCCUGGUGCUGGUAUCCUUUAACACUUUACUUAUGUUCAUGUGAUUGUAAAAAUUGUUAGGGUGACAAAGCAAAUUGUUCAGACUUCAACUUAAAAUAUCCAGCCGGCUGGCUGGCAGGUUUGAAGUUCAAUUACGUCGUUCCUCGCACUUUUUUCGGAGAAGUAAAGCUUAAAUCCCGUAAAAAGCGAAUCGAAUUCGAGAUUUUCUCCCUAGCUAUGUAACUGCUGAAAUUUUAGCUGGGUAGCUGUGAUUCUUCUUCAAGAAGGAACAAUUUGAUCAGUCAAUUUUUUAACAUUCAUAAAAGUCUGCAUAGUUUUAAAUUAUUUUUCUUGUGUUUGAAAGGUAUAUAAUAAGGUAAACUGAAGCUCAAAGUUGAAAUAAGCUUUUCCAGUCGGAAGAUAAAAGCAGCAUGAUGUGAAAGAUUUACCGAAACUGUACUGCCACAUUCAGUUGUUACCAUAGAAGUAUUUUUAUGCUGUCAUGUUGUGGGUGGAUUCACCUUGUGUUGUUUUCAAAAUUUUUGUGAACACCUUGACCACACUAAAGGUAUUGUAAUCGUGACUUUGAUGAAGAAAAAAUAUUAAUCCAGCAUCAGAAGGCCAAACAUUUCAAAUGUCCUAUUUGUCACAAGAAGUUAUACACAGGCCCAGGGUUGGCAAUCCACUGCAUGCAAGUUCACAAAGAAACUAUAAGUACUAUUCCCAACUCUGUACCAAACAGAGGAGACCCAGAAAUAGAGAUCUAUGGCAUGGAGGGUAUUCCAGAGAAAGACUUGAAAGAACGUCAACAGAAGGGGGGAAAUGCUGGUGAUGGUAAGUGCAACUUUUAGAAGAGGUGGGAAAAGAAAAGGGUAGAAGUUGGCAGGAUGCUUGCAUGAACACUGUGAUUGCUAAGCUCACUAAACCCUGUAACUCCUAAGAUCUCAUUAGUAAUUCUCCUACUGUCUGCCUAAUGAUUCUCAUUAUGUUAGUUUGGAGAAUUUGGUAUCAGAUCAACAAGUAAUCCCACACUCAAUAUUUUUCUUUAUUCUCAUCAUUUGUCUGCAUGAUACUGUAUCGAUAUAGUAAGGAGAAAUUCUGCUUUGGUCACUCACGGGAGUUAAAGGGUUAAGAGAGUCUUUGUGGCUCAUUGGUAGAACAAACAAGGGUGAGAUUCCAGUGUCUGAUGUAGGGAACUUAACAUUUUUUCUUCAUACUGUGCUUGCUAUAGAACCAAAAAACAUCUGUCUCUGUGAAUGAUUUGUACACACUGUGUAGAAACCAAAGGAUACUUGUCUAGAGAGAAGGGAAGAAAACUCUCAAUUGUAUUUUCAUAUAGUGCUUAAUUUAAGUCAAAGAAUAAUGGAUCACUUGCAUUUAGUUCUCAUUCAAUUACAAUGGUUCCAAGGAUGUUAUUCCUCAUUCUUCAAAUAGUGUGGUGAAGUGGGAUUCUCAGUGGCACUGUAAUCUGUCAGUGAUCCUUCAAUUGGACAGUUUUCACUAAAUGUUAUGAUGGCAUCAUUAACAUUCAGCAACUAGCAGAUUUUUUUUAUUUUGACUCUAACCCCUGAUUAUUCCAUGUCAGUGCUGAACAGGAUCUUUACUCCAUGUGACUAGGAAUGUAUUUAAAGUCUAGCCAGUGUUAGGCACCAGUGACCUACCCAGCUAGAGGUUACUCCAGUUUUUACUCUACAAAGUGAUAAAGAUCUUAUUGCUCCAACUGGAUAGGUGCCUAGUUAAUUGGAUGUCUUAAUUUAGUUUUGUUAUGUUGUAGAUGAUGAACCAGAGAAAAAGAAAGCCAAGACUGAGAAUCAGCCACAAACUUCAGCAGUGCCUGCAGCUGUACCUGGGGCCAUACCAAUGAUGCCUAUGAUGCCUGUGCCAGGAAUGCCAGUUCCUCCAGGCUUCCCUCAAAUGCCCUUUGUUCAGCCAAUGCCAGGUAAAGAAAUUGUAGAGGAUUUAGGAUCUGGGGAAUAUUUAGAUCAAGGAGUAUCACUUAAUAAUAGAAUGUGUAUUCAAUCUCAAGUAUUUUAAUUAAAUUAUAUGAGUGGAUAAUUAGUGUUCAAGAUUCAAUUGUGAAGUGUUGCAAUCAUAACACAGAAAGCUGGUUAUUCAAGUUGAUGGGCAAUUAAAUUACUGGGCCUCUAUUUAGGACAAAAAGUGUUUACACAAGAAAGGUUGGUUGUAGAACAGGGUGUCAGAGACCAUUACCUUGAUGAAGUUCUUUUGUUUCAACUGCAGGUGCACCACACAUGCCACCUGUCGCAUUUCCAGGUCAGCUUCCUGUUCACAUGCAGAUUCCUGGGUAUGUUGUUACAUGUCAUUCUGGUUUUGAAGUAACUUUAUUCAAUGUAUUAGCUAUGCAUUAUGGUCUAACACUAAGUGACACUGACUAGUCAAUUCUUGGGAGAAACUGAAAAUUAUAAUUUAGUAAAUGUAAACAUUUCAAUCAAUUUUUUUUUAACUGUUUGUUCAACAUUGAGCUGUGGCAUGCAGCCUUAGCAUUUUCCUUUAUUUUCUUUCCUGAAGCAUGCCAAUCCCACCACACGGAGUGCCCCCAAACACUGUCCCACCAACCAGCACAGCUACUGCCCCUGGUCAACCUCAACUUCAAAAAGGUCCUGUUAUUGGGCCUCAGGUACCCAAUACCAAACCCCUCUUCCCUGCUGCACAGGUAAGUUAAUUUUUUUCCUUCCAACAGGGAUUGUCUCCUUUCCCUUCUCUAACAGUAAGUACAUGAACAUAACUUGUAGUCUUUAGUACUACUAGUGCAUUUGUAGAAGUAAACUCUCACAAGUUUGCACUAAUGGAUGAAAUAAAGACCCAUGUCCAAAGGAGAUAUGAUUCAAACAUACCAGUAAUCAUUUUCAUGUCAAGAUACCAAUUUAAAAAAAUUGUGCCUGAAUCAAAUCUUUAACUCAUUGGUGACAAGAGUCUUAAAUUAUAUGUGGCUACAGUAAGAAGUAUCAAUUUUAAGUUCCCUAUUGGUUUCCUUAAAAAAAAAAAAAAGGAAAUAGUUUUUCUGUUUGUUUCAAAUAUUCUUCAGAUUUGAAGAGAAAUCAAAAGCAAUUAUCUAUCUGAGUACAUGUAGUGUCAUGUAUAACACAGUACCCCUUAUUCUCAGAAAUGUCACAAAGAAAAUGGGAUCCUUAUUAUUUAACAAUUCUGUUGUUGCAUGGAACAUGCAACAUCAGUAGGUCCAUCCAAAAUGCAGAAAAGGAUUACUUGUUUUACUACUGGUCAGAGUGAGUGAGUGAGUUAAAUUUCCAACAUUUUGUUUUCUUCAAAUGCAUACUUUAAAAAGUGAUGUAACACUUUCAACAGGAAGUACAACUUUUUGUUAUUUCAUCAAUUUGUUGAUCAGUAGCUGUUUCAUUUUCCCCUACUGAAUGGUUCCUCUCUACCAUGGCUUUGUCCUUUUUUCUUCCAUGGCCUGUAUCUUACAAACCUACUAUCUACUAGUACUUUUGUUGGUACAGCUCAUUCCUAUACAAUUUAAUAUGGCUCUCUCUCUAAAUCUUUUUGAAAACAUUAUCCUCUUUAUUUUUUUCUCUGAUAAGAAUGUAAAUGGAGCUGCAAAAUCCAGUGCUUCAUCUGGCCCUGUGGGUGCUGACUUCAAACCACUUCUUUCAACGGCCACAGCCACGAGUUAUCAAAGCCCACCAGUCACAUCAACUGGUAAGUAUUUGAGUGUCAUUUUUUUCUUCUUACUGAGAAGUAUUUCUUGGUUGGUGGAAACUUGAGGUAUCUACUUAGCUUGAGACAGCUGUCAAGUGUGACUAGAUUAAAAGAAAGUUGUUAUUUUAAACUUAAGUAAUGUGACUUAAAUGACCAAAGCUGAUUAAGUUUACUCUUCAGGUAAACCAAUUGUACCACCUCCUACUUCUGCUCCUGUUGUUACCAAGCCUGCUACCAUAGUUGCACCAGGAGCAACAAGCCGUUUGGUUCAUCCUGAUGAAGAUAUUUCACUGGUAGGAGAGAAACCUUAAAACAUGCUUUCCUUUGUUUGUUCUUGGCUAGCCAGUGUUUUGAUAACCACUUGUUCUUCUUAAGAAGACGACGUCAAAUUUUGUUUCACAAAUUACUAAUAAGUAGGGUUGCAACUAGAGGCUUGCAGCUAUUGUAAACUUCACCAGUUUGUUUCCAGAUGGUGCAGGUCAUCUGCAAAAGUUGAUAUCCAGCACCACUUACUUAAAAACUGAAGCAGUGAGCAAAUGAGGGGAGUUUAAACUGAACCUGUUUCAACAUUCCUAUUACAGGAAGAACGACGGGCAUCGCAUCCUAAAUAUGCACCAAAGACACCCAGUCUCCCAUCAUCUAACCCUGUUACUAUGGUUAGUGCCCCACCUAUGCAGAUGCAGGCACCUGGAAGUCAUCCAAGCAUUGCUCCAAUGCCUCUGAUGGCCAACUUGCCACAACCCCCUAUUUCCAUGUCAUCAGCACCCACAGGGCCACCACAAGGAGGGCCUUCUCAGGGAGGACCUAUACAUGGAGGGCCAGGAGGACCCAUUCCCAGGGGCCCUGGAAUGGGCCCACCUGGAAUGCGGCCACCUGGAUUUCCACCCCACAUGCCUGGGCCACCACCACAUCAACAAGGAAUGCCACCAGGGAUGCCACCAAGGCUUGGUCCACCUGGCAACUUCUCAGGACCACCAUCUCUCAUGGGGGCACCUCCUGGCCCAGGAGGGCCUCCUCGUGGACCUCCCCCGAGAGGAGGACCAGGACUUCUUGGGCCACACCCUGGCGGUAGGCCACCUAUGAGAUUACCUAUGGGUGCACCUAGACGAUUUUAAGAUUGUAAAAUUAAUUCAACUAGGAUUUUUCAGAAAUGCCAGAUAAAUGUUUCAUCUGAGGGAUAGCUGCAUGGCAUAUCGCACUACUUGUUGUUUUUGUAUAGUUAUUCAUUCAUAUAGUUAGUCAUUUUCUGACCCCAUGCUUACGUUAUCAAGACUCAGAUGUUGAAAGCAUUGCCUGCAGUCAUUUUUUUCUGAUUUACCAAGUAUGACACAAAUCAAAUUAUCAGCAUGUGUUCCAAUUUAAUUAUUUCACUUGAAUUGGUGUCUAUUGUUCUGGAGUGGUCACAAGGUGAGUCUAUUUUUACAUAAGUAAAUUCUAACAGAUUUCUUUGCAGUAGUUUAUUGAGCAUCAAUGCACAUUCAGAAAUUAAAAGAGACAGCAGUAAAAUCUGAAACAAAGGAAAAGGAUUUUAUGUUUCUAAAACUAACAGUGCUGUGUUAAACUAAACAAGUGGAGCUUCACUUUUAUUGUUUCCUUUUUCAUCUGGCAUUUCUGUCAAAUUCUUAUUGAGCACAGUAAAAUAUUUUUUCCAUGUAUCCUCUUUUGAUAUGAAACAUUUUCUCUCCUAAGAAUGCUCUGUAAUGAUCCAAAUUAUUAUCUCUCAGAAUGUAGAGUAGAUAUAAUGAAAUGUUUGUUUAUUUACAUUAUUAAUUAAACUUUGCUCUCAGAUUCUGUACAAAAAGGUAGGUGCAAUAAAGGAUUUUAAAAUAUCAUUUAAGUAUUCAUAUCUCUUUUCUUGUUUUUUUCUCCUUGUCUUGGCUAGGGGUAGGUUAGCAGCAUGAUUUGAUUUAAGUAGAAUCAUAUUUGUGUCAUGAGGCCAGUUUAGAAACGUUAAAAUUGUACUUGAAUCAAAUCUCAUGCUUAUAUGCAUAUCAGUUGUGGUUAUAAGGAAAAAAAAUCAACAUUUGAUUCUCCAUCAAGUUUCAAAAACAAAAAAUAAAUCUACAGCUUUGGUUUAUUUAGUCUGAUUCAAACUGUCUUUGGAGUUACAGAAAAAAUUAAAGCAAUUAUCUAAGUGAGGACUCUUGCACUUUCUGUACCAAUGUAGUGUUUCUACAUAUAACUGUUCAUGUAGAUGUUAAACAUUAAUUAAAUAAAAGUGACUCUUAAGAGCAUAGCAAAAUUUUGGAAGAUAGUAAGGUAGGUGCGGUUUGUAGAUUCUGUUUGACUAAACAAUUGCUCUUAAGAGCGGAACUUGACUUGUAAGUUACAAAAUAUUAAGUUAUUUUGAAAACUUUUUUGUUUGAUUUAGUGUUGUCCAUCAUAUAAUUUGUAUUUGGAUGUGCCAGUGAUCUCUUGAAAGCUUCAGAAGUUGUAAGUUCCCCUCCUACCCCACCCCACCUUCAACUCUAAUUCCACUGAUUUGUUUGUUCAUAAGAAAUGUCUCUCUAUUAGCAGUUUUCUCUAUUCUGGAGUUUCCAAUAAGUCACAUUAGAUUUCUUCACAUCUUAGCUGCUAAGGUCAUAUCUAAGUACCUAGUGAUUUCUUACAUGCUUAAGAAUUAUUAGGGAAGUGCACAUUGCAAGGUAGGGUUGGUGAUUUAAUAAUUCAUGUGCACUUAGCUUACUCUGGCGGAAAUUUCCAACCAUAUUCAAAUUACUGGUGGAAAGGUAGGACCACGUUUUUCAGGUUUGGCUAUCUUGAAGUUUUUCAUUUUAGAUUAGAAUUGUCUAAAUUAUUAAAAUAAAAGAGUGGAAAGUUUACUUGCUGUUUUGUUGUUUACUUCUGUAUUUAUGCCUGUUUAUUUUUUUCCCAUUUUUUUCUAUCGACUCUCACAGGCAGGAAUAAUAAAACGGAUAGAGGAGUGGCGCCCAUAAACGGUGGUGUAUUAAAUUCUGUCUUGGAUUUUAGUUAUUAAACUCGACACCUGUUGAUUAAAACCAACUUUGUGUUCUCAGAAAUGACGUUUUCUAAUUCUUUAUUUUCAUUGAAUGAAGGGAGAGAUGUUAAAUAUAAGUGACUGGUACAAGGACAGGAUUUACUCGGCCAAAUUUUCGUUCACACAAUAAUUAUACGUUCUGUUUUCCCUCCCGCUCGUUGGAUUAUAAGAAAGGCAAUAGUAGUCUUCAACAGUACUGAAGGGGGACAAGCGG